GUGUUCAAUUCCAUUUCUUAGCUCACACGUUUCAGGACAGUUCUCUACUCAGCAACAUAAAUUCAUAUAAGUAGUGUAUUACCAAAAAUUUAGUUCAAAUUAAGGAAGUGUAAAUUAACAUGAAGAUCGCCAUACUAUUUGCUGUGCUGUUUGCUUAUUGUGCUGUCGCGGUUAGUGGAGGUCCAGAAAGCAGACAUGCCACGGGAAACUGCAACCAGAACGAGGAGUGGUUUCCCAAUGGAUGUGAAGAUGCACCUCUAAACUGCCAAAACUAUAAAAAUCCUAGCACCCUGAAGUACGGAGGCUGCCACGGGGGCUGCCUCUGCAAGGCGGGAUAUGUUCGGCCGGUUCGAAAUUCGGAGCACUGCAUCCUGCCCCAGGACUGUCAAGACAGUUGAAAGAAUGAAAUCUUUAAAACGACGAAGUUAGUUGAUUAUGAACUCUAAUAAUUCUGCAAGAUAUGAUUUUAUUUACGAACAUAUGCCUUAGGAUAACUUUUUUUUAAAUAUAAGUGAGAAUUUGGAUCACUAUGUACCUUAUGCAUUUAUCUGUUAUGUUAACUUUAAAAAAAUGUUUAAUUCAGUGGUUUUAAUAGUGUAAUUCGAUAACGAAAAUAGUAAACAUGGAUAAUAACUAAGAAGACAAAAAAUCAAUUAUGUUAAAACAAUCUUAUAACAAUUGUGUUGGCAAGAAAAACCCCAGUAAAAUUUCAUUGCGCUUUGUACCUUUCGAAAACAAAAAUCAAAGCUUGAUGUCAAAUUAAUCUCAUUAUUCGUAUAAGAACAGUUCCAAAUUGAUUAUUUCCCAAACACUCAUUAUUUUUCAAGUAGAAUCUAUCAUUUCUAAAUAAAAUAUUUAAAAAAAACACACAGAAAUAGAUCGUAAAACAUUUUUUAAACAUGUACAAAUGUCGUCUUUGAAUUUUAAGAACUACAACAAAAUUAGAUGAAAAUGAACCGACACAUGAACUGAACAAGAGCCUGUCCUAUAAAAUAGAUUAUAUAGGAUUGAUGUAUUUGAAGACCGAAGGCAGAGAACUUUUUGAUUUUUUGCAAUUAUAAGUAAAAGUUAUCAAUAAAAUAAACCUAUUUUCAUAACUAAAA